AUGGCUGAGAAGACUGUGGAAGCAUAUUUAACAAUGAAAUUGAUCAAAAAAAGGAUUUGGAUAAAGAGAUCGAAACGCCGAACCAAAAGUGGAAAAGUGGUUCCGGACUAUUAUGAAUUAACCUCUGAUUCAUCCGAUGAGGAAGCUACGGAACAAAAAGAAGAGCAGAAGGUCGGAUCUUCGUUCGUCAAGCAGAAGAUUGCGAUCCUCGCCAAGGUCGGUUCGCCAUUCAUAUUCGCCAAUAUCGGAUUCCUUG